GUUGUGGUCUUUCAGUCGGACACAGAGUUCUGGGACAAGAUGCAGGCCGAGUGGGAGGAACUGGCUCGGAGGAACUGGCUGGAGGAUUCUGAGGAUCAGGGUCCGGUCCCGCCCACGGUCACACCUGUGGAGAAGGUUUACUUCUUCAGCACUAACAACCCGUACAGAGACUGGCCGAGUGCCUUCGCCGAGGGUGAGGAGAAAGCUCGGGAGGGAGACCUGAACGCCGCCGUCCUGCUGCUGGAGGCCGCCAUCCUGCAGGACCCGCAGGACUCUGAGGCCUGGCAGGUUUUAGGAACGACUCAGGCCGAGAACGAGAACGAACAGGCCGCCAUCGUGGCGCUGCAGAGGUGUCUGGAGCUCCGCCCCAACAACCUGCCGGCUCUGAUGGCGCUCGCCGUCAGCUUCACUAACAGCGGCGUGCAGCGGGAGGCCUGCGACGCUCUGAGCCGCUGGAUCAGCCACAACCCCCGAUACAAGCACCUGGUCCUGGACCACAGGAGUCCGCUACGGGGCUCCCCGGCCACGCCUCGCAGGGGCCCCCGCACCUCCACACCGGCCAGGGCUGAGCUGCAGGACGUCCUGCUUCUCUUCCAGGAUGCGGCUCUGUUGAAUCUGGAAUGUGUGGAUCCAGACCUGCAGACCGGACUCGGGGUCCUCUUCAACCUCAGUUCCGACUUCAACAGAGCGGUGGAGGCUUUCACUGCAGCGCUGUCCGUCAGACCACAGGUAA